GGACGUCCUUCUGGACACGACACACAAUGGCGCCGCUCGUCGACAACCCCCAGAUUGCGCAGUCGAGUCUGCACAAUCCGUUGCCGCUGCAGCUGCACACUUACAUCUGGCCGUUCCUUAUCGUCUGGCCCGCCUUCUCUGCCAUCUACCUCUCCGCCGAGCGCUACGAGAAAUACAUUCAGUCGUCAGAAUGGACCUUCGUGUGGAUGUCCAGCAUCAUCACGGUCCAGUCGCUGGUGUGGCUCAUGACACAAUGGAACAUCAACCUGCAGAGCGCCUUCACCACGCUCAAGGCCAACGACGUGCGCAGCGCACAGCUCAUCAAAGUCCAGCCCGUGGCCAACGCCGGCGCCGCUGAGAUCUGCAGGCUGGUGCGCGACAAUGUGGGCGGCAAGCAGAACCUCUCCUUCCUCUUCCAGAAGCGACGCUUCCUCUACGACGCCGACAAGGGCAGCUUUGCCCCGCUCUCGUACCCCCUCGACGCCGAGCCCAAGCCGCAGCUGAAGACGUUCCAGCAGACGCAGGGCCUCGCCACGUCCGCGGAGAUCGAGCGCAUCCAGCAGCACUAUGGCGACAACACCUUCGACAUCCCCGUGCCCACCUUCACCGAGCUGUUCAAGGAGCAUGCCGUCGCGCCCUUCUUCGUCUUUCAGAUCUUCUGCGUGGGGCUGUGGAUGCUCGACGACUACUGGUAUUACUCGCUGUUCACCCUGAUGAUGUUGGUCAUGUUCGAGAGCACCGUCGUGUGGCAGCGCCAGAGGACCCUGGUCGAGUUCCGCGGCAUGAGCAUCAAGCCAUACGAUAUUCUGGUCUACAGGCAGAAGAAGUGGCAGGAGGUCAUGAGCGACAAGCUGCUACCUGGAGACGUCGUCAGCGUGGGCAGGACAAAGGAGGACUCGGGCGUGGCCUGCGACAUGCUCCUCCUCGAAGGCUCUGCGAUUGUCAACGAGGCCAUGCUUUCAGGAGAGAGUACCCCGGUGCUCAAGGAAUCGGUACAAUUGCGUCCCGGCGAAGCGCGUCUCGAGCCAGAGGGCGUCGACAAGCUCGCCUUCCUCUGGGGCGGCACAAAGGUCCUCCAGGUCUCUCACGGCAACGACGCCGAGGACGAUGGUAGCGUUGUAACAAGGCUCUCGUCUGGCGUCACGCCGCCCCCCGACAAGGGCGCCAUUGCCGUCGUCAUCAAGACUGGCUUCGAGACCAACCAGGGAAGCUUGGUCAGGACCAUGAUUUACGCCACCGAACGCGUCUCUGCCAACAAUAUCGAGGCUCUGCUCUUCAUCCUCUUCCUCACCGUCUUCGCCAUCGCUGCCUCGUGGUAUGUCUGGAAGGAGGGCGUCAAGCUAGACCGCCAGCGCAACAAGCUUCUGCUCGACUGUGUCUUGAUCGUCACCAGCGUCGUUCCUCCCGAGCUGCCCAUGGAGCUCAGCUUGGCUGUCAACACCAGUCUUGCUGCGCUUAGCAAAUACGCCAUCUUCUGCACCGAACCCUUCCGCAUUCCCUUCGCUGGACGUGUCGAUGUUGCCUGCUUUGACAAGACGGGCACGCUGACUGGUGAAGAUUUGGUCGUCGACGGUAUCGCUGGUCUCUCGCUGGGUCGGGAUGGAGUGGCUGGGUCGGAUGGCGCAUACACGGGAAUGACAAAGGUCACCGACGUCGCAACAGAAACCACGCUGGUCCUCGCUACCGCCCAUGCGCUCGUUAAACUCGAUGAGGGAGAGAUCGUUGGUGAACCCAUGGAGAAGGCUACCCUUCAGUCGUUGGGCUGGAAGCUUGGAGCUAGGGAUACCCUCACCGCCGCUACGACCACCGCAAAGUCUCACGCCGAACUCGUUCAAAUCCGUCGCCGCUUCCAGUUCUCGUCCGCCCUCAAACGCCAGAGCUCCGUCGCUACAGUCCUCGUCCACAACACCAAGACCGGCCGCAAGGUCAGGAGCACAUUCGUUGGUGUCAAGGGCGCGCCCGAGACGAUUCGAAAGAUGCUGGUCAACACGCCACCAAACUACGAGGAAACCUUCAAGCACUUCACCCGCAAUGGUGGUCGUGUGCUCGCUCUCGCUUACAAGUUCCUUUCUGAAGAGGGUGAAUGGGGCACGAACCGCAUCAACGAUCUCAAGCGCGAGCAGGUAGAGUGUGACCUGCACUUCGCUGGCUUCUUGGUCCUCCAGUGCCCGCUCAAGGAUGAUGCGAUUGAAGCUUGCCGCAUGUUGAACGAGUCUAGCCAUCGCGUCGUUAUGAUUACCGGUGACAACCCACUGACAGCUGUACACGUUGCUAAGCAGGUCGAGAUUGUGGACCGCGAAUGCUACAUCCUUGACGCGCCUGAGAAUGACGAGUCUGGGGAGAAACUGGUCUGGCGCAGCGUUGACGACAAGACGAACAUCCCUGUGGACCCAACCAAGCCUCUGGACAAGGAGAUCCUAGACUCGAACGAUAUCUGCCUUACCGGAUACGCGCUUGCAAAGUUUAGUGGCCAACCUGGAUGGAAGCAGAUUCUACGACACACUUGGGUAUACGCACGCGUUUCGCCGAAGCAGAAGGAGGAGAUCUUGCUCGGCCUCAAGGACUGUGGUUACACGACGCUUAUGGCUGGUGAUGGUACGAACGAUGUUGGCGCCCUCAAGCAAGCUCACAUCGGCGUCGCUCUGCUCAACGGUACGCGCGACGAUCUCGACAAGAUCGGCGAGCACUUCCGCAACUCCAAGAUGAAGGAGGUCUAUGAGAAGCAAUGUGGAUUGAUGAAGCGAUUCAACCAGCCCCAGCCACCUGUUCCCAUCAUGAUUGCACACCUAUACCCACAAGGCCCUACGAACCCGCACUACGAGAAGGCUAUGUUGCAGCAGGCUCAGAAGAAGGGUCUUGCCCCGGCUAAUGGCGCUACUCCCGCACCGAACGGCGCGCUUGCGCAACAACCCAACCCGCAACAGGCGGCUGCUGGGCUCGCGAACUCGCUUACGGAGAAGAUGAUGCAGUCUGAGCUUGAGGAGCUGAAUAACGAACCCCCUACGAUCAAGCUUGGCGAUGCGUCUGUCGCUGCUCCUUUCACCUCGAAGCUGGCUAAUGUUGUUGCGAUCCCGAACAUUAUCCGUCAGGGUCGAUGCACGCUUGUUGCGACGAUUCAGAUGUACAAGAUUCUGGCGUUGAACUGCCUCAUCUCUGCAUACAGUUUGUCGGUGUUAUAUCUCGAUGGUAUCAAGUUUGGCGAUGGUCAGGUCACGAUCUCGGGCAUGAUGAUGAGUGUUUGCUUCCUGUCCAUCUCCCGCGCGAAGACCGUCGAAGCCCUCUCCAAAGAGCGCCCCCAACACAACAUCUUCAACAUCUACAUCAUCGGCUCCGUCCUCGGCCAAUUCGCCGUCCACAUCGCAACCCUCAUCUACGUAUCCCAAUACGUGCAGCGCACCGAGCCCAAGGAACCAAACCCAGACCUAGAAAAGGAAUUCGAACCCAGCCUCCUCAACUCCGCAAUCUACCUCCUCCAGCUCAUCCAGCAAAUCUCCACCUUCGCUAUCAACUACCAGGGCCGCCCCUUCCGCGAAUCCAUCCGCGAGAAUAAGGGCAUGUACUGGGGCCUUGUGCUCGUCUCGGGUGUGGCUUUCUCCUGCGCUACGGAGUUUAUUCCUGAGAUCAAUGAGAAGCUUAAGCUUGUGCCGUUUACGAGCGAGUUCAAGGUUAUGAUCACGAGUAUCAUGGCGCUUGAUUUCGGCGCGUGUUGGAUCAUUGAGAAGGGGCUCAAGUGGGGGUUCAGCGAUAAUAAACCGAAGGAUAUUGCGCUUAGACGGCCUGACCAGCUGGAGCGCGAGAACAGGAGGAAGGAGGAGGCGGUGGUGGAGGCGCAGAGGAAGAAGAAUGAGGCCGAGGAGGAGAAGGCGAGGGCUGUGGGGUUGAUUAGGUAGGAGGCUUUCAGGAUGUGUUUUGUGCAUUGUGCAUUGUGCAUUGUUUGCGGGGUGGGUUGGGGCGGGUGUAGGAUAUUGAUCGGGGUUAUGAAGGCGAUAGCUAGAUGGUGUGGUGUAGAAUUCAAUCGC